AUGCAGGUCAUGUGCUGUGCGCUCAAUUCACAAGAUGCUGAUGAGGACAAGCAUCAAAGCGUUCGUGCCAAGAAAGAGGAUCGGUCUGCCGUCGAACAGAUUUCCUGGGGCCUCACAGCUCCUCAAAGAAGAGCUCUUCAUUGCUCGCAAAAGCUUUUGGAGACCACAGUUGAAGUACUGCAAAGCUACGAUGAACUCUUAUCGGUUGAGCAGAUCGUUGAUGAGUCUAAGAGAAAGAUGUCAUUGGGACGUCCGGCUAUAUACAGAGCACUGUUACCAAGCCCGGUUCGCGAUCUUAAGGGCCGCCUAGAAUUCGCAAAGGAAGCGGAAAAAACAGCAGAGGAGGCGAAAAAGUCCGCCGGAGAAUUUAAAACAGUAGAGCAGAGGGCAUACAACCUGAAAUGGCCUUGCUGGAAGCUGAGGGACAUGUGCCUCGAGCUUGAGCUUGAGAUUCCGCGUGCCGUCCGGGAAGCGGAAUUCUGGCGUAGCGGACCCCAGGAAGCGAGGGAGACAGCGCUUCGCCUGCUAGAUGACCUCGAGGACGCCACGUCUUUGAUGAAGGGGGGAGGAGGCUUCUUGCGGCCGUACACAGUGGACCUUUUUAACAGGCCCCUCAUGACGGCAAUCGAACAAGCAAAGAACGCGAUUGAAGUCGCCGCUCAAGUGAAGCACAGCUUGAUCCUGUUGCUCCAGCGUGUGCACGAAGAGAAAUUUGAGAACAUCCUCGGCAGUCCGCCGAAGCCUAUGAAAGAUCCGGUGAGCGGGCUGCCAUUUGGGGAUCAAAUUCAGGUGCUGACGGACCGGAUCUGGGCGGCAGAUGAGAUGGAAAACCAAGAAGAGAGAGCUUCUGUUGUAGAAAGAAGCUUCUGGGAGCUGUGCGCCCUGUACGAGAUCGUGCACCGGGAGCUUUCCCGUGCAAAUGAGGAGGCCGUUGCCUGGCAAAAGAUCGCUCGGGAAGCAGCGGAAUUAGAGCGCAUUUGA